AUGAACGAGUCAACUGUUUAUUUGAAAGCUAUUGAAUCUUUUCAAUCAAAUACAUUGUCCAAAUUGUCAUAUGAAAAAGGUGAUAUAAUUGAAUUUAUUACGAUGUUACCACGAGAAAAAAUAAGAGGAAGGUUACAUGGAAAGGUGAGCGUGUUUGACAAAUCAAAAUUUGUAAUAGACUCUUUUACUAAAACAAAAGUAUUAUAUAAGGUACAGGCAUUGUUUAAUUUUUCAUCAGAUGAUAUAGAGUGUUUAUCAAUAAAAGAAGGAGAAAUACUUGAAUGCACCGAAGAUAAUAUUGAAGGUGGAUGGUUACUAGUAUUUAAUAAACAAAAUGAAAGUGGAUAUAUUCCAAGAAAUAGAGUAAAAAUAAUUAAAGAAAGUACAAGUACUCGAUAUACCUCAAAGGAGAAAUUAAUUCCUGUCCCAAGAGAAUUGCCUUGUAAUGCUAAAGUAUUAUAUCCAUUUAAAAGUUGUGAUUCAAAAACAUUAAGUAUAGAAAAAGAUGAAGAAGUUAGGAUUAUUCAAUGUCCACAAAGUAAUUGGUGGUUAGUUUAUAAACAAAAAUCAUUUGGUUAUGUUCCUGCUGCUUAUUUAAACUAUGAGAAAAAAUAUUAUGAACAAAAAGUUUGUAAAUACUUUAAAGUAAAUCAAGAAUAUACAAAACAAUCAAUGUUUCAAUUAACAGUUAAACUAGGCCAAAUUUUAUUUGUUGAAAGAUUUAUAAAAACAUGGGCUAUUUGUUUUAGGGCUGAUGGUAAAAAAGGAAUAUUACCUUUCUAUGUUCUUGACCAGUUAAAUCAAAUGGUUCAAAUUGUAAAUGAAGUAGUUACUAAUACAGAUAGUAUGGGUAUUGUCAUUUGCCCAUUUGAAUUAAACAAAAAGAUGGUUGAACGAGGGACUUUUAUAACUGUAGAAGAAGAACGGUAUGACGGAACAAUGUUAGUUGAAUUAAACAAAAAGAAAGGAACAACUAAAGGGUCAAACAUAUUAAUGAUAGAAGAAGGACAAUUAUAUGGUAUUUGUAAUGAGUCAUAUUCAAAAGGUUCAGUAAAAUUAUUAAAAGAUGAUUUUGUAAUUAUUGAUAAUAUAGGUGAAGAUUUUGUUGAUUGUCAUUCAUAUGAAUUUGAAGAUAAAAUCCCUAAGAAAGUCUUUACUAUAAAAAUAUUUGCUAAACCAUUAAGAGAAAUAGUUACAUUUAAAAUAUCUAAUGAAGGUCAAUUCUCCGAUUUAAAGAAAGAAUUAUUAACUAAAAAGAAACGCACUGGUGGUAAAAUAUCAAUUAAAAAUCUUUCUCCACCAUUAGAUGGGAUUAACUAA